UGAUAGGACAGCUCGGAGCUGCCUUUAGUAACAGUGGAGUCCCCGAGAUGGCUCGUGUCGUCGUGUCCCUCAUCUCCCUGUUGCUGGCCUUCAAUGGAGUGAUCUGCCAGGCCCAGCUGGCCACGGUGGACGUCGACAGGCAGGAGCUCGAGGACACCAUCCAACGACUGCGAGAAGGGUUCCUGGCACCCGUGCAGAGUAAGCAGGAGCUUGAGGUAUCCGCCGAAGCAAGUCCCGCCAACGGCAGUCCCACAUCGACGCUUCCGCUAGCCGUCAAGCAAGAAGAGUGCCACGUCCUCGAGAGGUUCAAUGCGACCAUACAGCCGGGCGACUAUCGGAAGAUUUCCAUCGAUCUGGUAAGACCAGACGAGAGGUCAGGCAGCCGACGCGUCCAGCAUCUGCACCUUCUUCUCGCCGUUGUUUCUUCAGAAUCAGCUCCGCAGUGAUGGCUUUGUUGGGGUGGUUGUCGCGUCGAAUUCGCUUCGUGGCGACGCAGACAUCUUCACCUUCCUUGACAGGUGAGCGUGGGGCGAGAGAUGCACUUACAUAUCGACCACGUGCUCGUGCAGGGAAAAGAGGCACAAGUCGCUUGAACCAUCGUGUUUUCCUGAACCGGGCCAUGCUGAUGAUUUUGAGGACUAUGCCGGCUUCUACCUGGCUUCUCUUUCCAUCGUCGACCACACUCUUCUGGAGGCCUAUAUCGUGCCGUUCGGCAGCGACCCCGCCGAAGUGGUACGAUGCGAAUGCCUGAUGGCCACUGACGGCCACUCUGAUGGGAUUGCUAUUGCUGCAGGAUGUGAUAGUGUACGCGACGGAUGAGGAGUGCGAGCCCUCGGUGUCCAUCACCUUGACAGGGUGUGCCGACCCGAUCUACCCUGGAAGUGGAUGGGAGCCUGCUGAACUUGGGCCUGACGAGAAUGCUGGCGCUCGGCCCGGCCCAGAUAAACGUGGGUCUCUCGGAAGGAACAGAAUGCAACACAAACAAAAGGCGUGUUCUUCCUGUUUACUUUCACAGGUGGCUUUGAGCAGCCAGACAGAGGCCCAGACAGAGACCGGUGAUAAGGUGACACGCAGCUGCAGUGCUGGUGUCCGCUUUGCUCAUGCGGCCGGGCAAUAGACAUUUGUAUCUGUGAUUUUUUCCUGUUGGCCGUCCAAAAUGGUGAGUGUCUCUGUUCUCUGGGUUCACUUGUGCUCUGUGCUUGAUUAGAUUUGGGGUGCUAGCGUUCAUGGCAGAUGCAUUUGAUUCUUAUCCUUCACUGGUGUGUGUCUGUGGUUUUGCUUUGACGGAGGGAGGGAGGGAGCCAGAGCGGCCGAGGGUUUUGUUGUGUGAAUGCAAUUAAGGCUGCCUGUCUGUGUGCAUCAUGCCCGUGUGCUUGAUUUGCGUAUGUGUGUACAGUACGCUGUAUAGUCGUAGAUUUGAGACAAGAGCGGAAUUGUUUUGACGUGCUGUUGUUUCGACACUCAUGGUUUAUGCGCACAUGCAUGCACAUGCAACACAAGGCGCCAUCCACACGAUGGCAAGUUGUCCACAUGAAGGGACGAACGAAUCGGGGUCAACGUCAACCAUCCAUCGAC